AUGGCCCCCGAGGCCGAUUCCAAGCCCGACCCUCAGUCCGCUCCUCGAGCCCCCCAGGCCGAGCCUCACGACCUCAACUGCCUCACGAUCUCCGAACUCGAAGCCCUCGCCUACGAGCGUAUGGACAAGCAGACGCGGGACUAUUACAACGAAGGCGCCGACUGCGGGAGCACUCUCUCGGAGAACAUUCGCGCCUAUGAGAAAUACCGCAUUCGUCCGAGGGUCCUACGAGACAUAUCCCAGAUAGACACCACGGUCGAAGUAUUCGGACACAAAAACAGCUCCGCCUUCGGUGUAGCGCCGACGGCGAUGCAACGGCUGGCCCACUCCGACGGCGAAGUCGCGACGGCACGAGCGUGUCGCGCGCGCGGGAUCGUCAUGGGCCUCUCUUCCUUCGCGACCAGCACGCUCGAAGACGUCGCCGAAGCCUGCGGCGACAUACCACAUGUCCUUCAACUGUACCUGUUCGAAGAGCGCGAGCACUCCCUGAAACUCAUCGACCGCGCCAAAAGGGCAGGCUACAAAGCCGUGCUCCUGACGGUCGACACGCCAAUGCUCGGCCGGCGCAAUCUCGAGAUCCGGAACCAAUUCAAACUGCCCGCCCACCUCUCCAUCGCCAAUUUCGCAGAACAAGACGAAGACACCGACACAGCGGUGGGGAGAGAGCACAGUCGAACCACAACAGCCACAGACGAGAAGAAAACCCCAUCCUCGCGCCGGCCCAAAAUGCCCCGCCAACGCCGUCCCAGCACGGCGGGCUACCACGACGGCCAACGACGCAUCCCGCCAAGCGGGCCCAUCACAUUCCACACGCACGCAGCGAACCCUACUUUAUCAUGGGACGACACCAUCCCGUGGCUAAAAGACGUAUGCGGCCCCGAGAUGGAAGUCUGGGUCAAGGGCAUCGCAACAGCCGAAGACGCCGAACUUGCAGUCCAACACGGCUGCGACGGGAUCAUCGUCUCCAACCACGGAGGGCGCCAACUCAACGGCUCCCUCGCAACCCUCGACGCAUUGCCCGAAGUCGUAUCCGCGGUCCGCAAACGCGUUCCCGUCCACGUCGACGGCGGGAUUCGGCACGGCACCGACAUUUUCAAAGCCCUCGCACUGGGAGCGGACUUUUGCUGGGUCGGACGACCGAUAUUGUGGGGAUUGGCGUACAAGGGUCAGGAGGGGGUCGAGCUGUGUUUGAGAUUGCUGGCGGAUGAGUUUAGACUGUGUAUGGGAUUAGCGGGAGUGACGAGCGUCAAGGGCAUUUCGAGCGAGUAUCUCUGCAGGAUCGAUCGGGACGGGUUUGCGAGUCGGUUGUGA